AUGCUGUGGACGUGGCUUACGACAGUUGCUGGAGGAAUAGUGGUGCUGUGUGUCUCUCUGAAAAUAUUUCUGCCCUAUUUCUGGGAAGAUCUCAUCUACUUCUUGAGGCGGAAGAGGUCAAAGGCAACAGUAAAAAAGUGGGUGAAAAAUGGAAUUCUCUCCUUAAUUGACCUUUUCAUACAGACAGUGGAAAAAAAUCCCCACAAGCCAUUCCUUAACUAUGAAGGGACUGUGUACACUUACCAGGAUGUGGACAGGAGGAGUAACAGGGUAGCACAGGCCUUCCUACGCUAUGGGAAUCUGAAAAAAGGGGACACAGUGGCCCUGCUCAUGGGUAAUGGACCUGACUUCAUCCACGUCUGGUUUGGGCUGGCCAAGCUGGGCUUCAUCGUGGCCUUUCUCAACAUCAAUAUCCACUCAAGGUCUCUCCUGCACUGCAUUAAUACAUGUGCAGCAAAAGCACUGGUCAUAGGAGAAGAUUGUUUGGGAUCAAUAGAGAAAGAAUUUAUUUGGAAUCUCUUGGAAAAUAAUGUUGCUGUCUGGCUGAUGAGCACCAGUUCUCCUUGGCAGCAUGUUCACACUCUACCAGACAAACUAGACAAGGUGUCUGAUAAUCCUGUCCCAUCUCAUCUCAGAGCUGUCACCAACACAAGAAACACAGCUCUGUAUAUCUUCACAUCAGGAAGUACAGGUUUCCCAAAAGCUGCUAUCAUCACUCAUCUAAGAACUCUGGUUGUGUCCUUAGUAUUUACUCAGUGUGGUGCAGUUUCUCAGGAUAUUAUGUAUGUCACUCUUCCCUUGUACCACAUCAGUGCUUCACUUCUUGGCAUUGGUGGAUGCAUUCAGUUAGGAGCGACCUGUGUUUUGAAGAAGAAAUUUUCUGCAAGACAGUUUUGGAAUGACUGUAGGAAGUACAAUGUUACCAUGUUUUUAUAUAUAGGAGAACUCUGUCGCUACCUCUGCAAUCAGGCCUGUAAAGAAGAGGACAGAGUUCAUGAAGUGCGCAUUGCUCUUGGAAAUGGUAUCAGACCCUCUGUAUGGAAAGAAUUUCUGAUGAGGUUUGGCCCAAUUAAAAUAUUUGAAUUCUACGGGUCCACAGAAGGAAAUCUUUCUUUCUUGAACUAUACUAAUAAAAUAGGAGCUGUGGGACGUGUUGGCAUCUUCUCAAAGUUUCUAUAUUCUUUUGAGUUGUUGAAAUAUGAUGUCUGGAAACAAGAACUUAUAAAAGAUGAAAAUGGAAAGUGCAGUAAAGCACCCAUAGGUAAACCUGGUCUUCUAGUUUUUCAAGUUACUGAGGAUGCCCCAUUUUCUGGAUAUGUUGGAAAUAAAGAAGCCUCAGAGAAGAAACUCCUGCAUAAUGUGUUUGUGGAAGGAGAUGUGUAUCUUGACACAGGGGACCUCCUAGUGAUGGAUGACGAUGGGUUUCUCUACUUCAGUGACCGGGUGGGAGACACUUUCAGGUGGAAAGGAGAAAAUGUUGCCACUUCAGAAGUUGCAGAGAUCAUUGGUAUGAUGGAUUUUGUCCAAGAAGUUAACAUCUAUGGUGUAAGCGUAAAAAAUUAUGAAGGAAGAACAGGGAUGGCAGCUAUAGUGCUUAAACGUUACCACGCCUUUAAUGGAGAAAGACUUUAUAAGCAUGUUGAGGACUUCCUUCCGAGUUAUGCCCAACCACGCUUUGUGAGAAUAAUGGAUGUUAUGCAAAUUACUGCAACUUUCAAGCAUCAGAAAAUACAUCUGGCAAAUGAAGGAUUUAAUCCAGAAAUUAUAUCUGAACCUCUGUAUUUGAAGUAUGAACCUGCACAUUCCUAUAUUCCUUUGACAAGAGAGAUAUACCAGAAGGUGAUUUCUGGUGAAAUACAUUUAUAA